GAUUCGAUGGAGGACGCUGCAGAGUUGCAGAGGUUGUUGGACAUCGUGAAGCUGUGCGUGUACGGGCGCUACGUCGCCAUGAAUUUUCAAGACCCUUGUCGCCACGUCAAGCUAGCCGAGAAAAUUGCCAUCCCCGGAGCUCGGAAGGAGUACACUUUAAAAGAUUUUGAAAAGCUCAAGAUUUGCCCCAUGGAUUUCUACAAGAUUCUGGCAAUUAUCUUAAUCUUUGGUGGGGCAGGGUGUUGCUGGAUAAUCAUGUGGAUGGGAUCCUACGCGUCGAAAGUGCUCUUUCCCCACAGCAAUCUUCACGACAGCCUCCUCUACAAACCCGGCGCAGUUUACGCAAUUUCCGACUUAUCCUACCGCGACGAGACCGACGUCCCUCCCGAAAUGCGGAUAGUAUCCCCCGGCCUGUGGAACCCGCAUCCGCACCCACACCCACCACCACAUACCGACGGAGGAUCCGGCCCCAUCGCGGCGGCGGGCGGGUCAGGGACAUCGACGGGGUCGCCAACGCCCUCCAUCCCCUCGACCACCAUGGCGAACAUCCGGACCAAGCUGCUCGCCGUGCACAGACUCAUGCCCGUCGGCACGGUUAAUCGGAAGGCGUCCAAUCAUGGCCUCCUGGAAACCAUGUCGAUCAUGAAUAUUGCGCCCAACAUGGUAAUUCGACCCCCGGCCGGAGCAUCGACCGGGGUGACGACAACGACCACGCCGACGCGGGCGAGUACGACGACAAACACGACGGCGCAGACGGAUCAGGCUUCCACGUGGUUUCAUAGUAUUAAUGAUGAUAUGUAAAAAAAUAUAUGUAAAAUUGGUGGAUAUCGAGGAAUAAAAGGUAGAUA